CCCGCCACAAAAAGCAUUUCAGUAUAAAAGCCUCUGGUAGUAUCUGAGCUGUCAAUCGUGUUUUUCCCCUCUUCUUUUUUCUUCAUCUCACACACUUGUUUCAAUAUGUCCGGAGCUAAACUCGCACAAUUCGGCAAGCAACACAUCGCCAAGGGUAUCGGCCGUUCCACCGAGUUGGUCCUUGAACGCGCUCAAGGCACUUAUGUUUACACAGUCGAUGGCAAAAAGUACCUCGAUCUCACCACGGGUAUCGGUGUCACCUCGACUGGCCACAACCAUCCCAAGGUUGUCAAGGCUGUCCAGGACCAAGCUGCCAACCUUGCCCACGGCCAAGUCAACUUGUUCUUCCACAAGCCCAUGUUGGAUCUUAUCGAGCGCUUGCAGCCCAAGAUGCCCUCUCCCGAAUUGGACACCUUCUUCUUUGCCAACUCGGGUGCCGAAGCCGUUGAGAACGCCGUCAAGUUGGCCCGCCAUGCCACCAAGCGACAAAACAUCAUUGUUUUCCAAGGCUCCUACCACGGCCGUACGUUUGGCACCAUGGGCUUGACCACUUCCAAGACUAUUUACAGCGCCGGCUUUGGUCCCUUGAUGUCUGGCAUCCACGUGGCCCCCUUCCCUUACCACCAACAAUGGGCCAUUCACAAGGCCGAUCCCACCCAAUUCGAUGCUGAAUGGUGCUCGCAAGAAUCGUUGAACCAAUUCGAAACCUUGUUGAAGCAGCGCAGCCACCCCGAAGACACGGCUGCUGUCUUGAUCGAACCCGUCCAGGGUGAAGGUGGCUAUGUUGCCCCUCCUGCCAGCUUCUUGCAAGGCUUGCGCAAGAUCUGUGACAAGCACGGUAUCUUGUUGAUUGCUGACGAAGUCCAGUCUGGUUUCGGUCGUACCGGUAAGAUGUUUGCUGUUGAACACUCUGGCGUUGUUCCCGAUAUCUUGAUCAUGGCCAAGGGUAUUGCUUCCGGUUAUCCCAUCUCUGGUAUCGUCUCAAAGAAGGAACUCAUGGAUCGUCAGCCCGCUGGCUCCAUGGGCGGUACUUACUCUGGUAACGCAGUUGCUUGUGCUGCUGCCAAGGCUACUUUGGAUGUCUUUGAGGAGGAAAAGUUGAUUGACAACUGCAAUGCUCGCUCUGAGCAAUUCUUCAGCGCCUUCCGCUCCCGCAUCCCCGCCUUGUUGCCCAAGGGCGUCACUGCCGAUGUUCGUGGUUUGGGCUUGAUGAUUGGUAUUGAGUUCAUGGGUGUACCAUAUGGUUUUGCUGGCAAGAUCACUGCCGAGGCCAUGAAAUUGGAUACCAUCUUGAUGACCACCUCCAUCUACGAAACCUUGCGUUUGAUUCCUCCGCUCAACAUCACCAAGGAAGAGACCGACCUUGCCAUUGAGCGUGUCCUUGCCAGUAUCGAGGCUGCUUUCAAGGCUUAAAUGCUGUCUCUUUUUUUUUCCCUCUUUUUGAUUACUUAUAUCUACCUCUCCUCCCCUGUAUAUUUCAACCAAACUCAUGUGUAUUAUUAGUAUAGCAUGUUCUUUCUAUCUCUUCCUUCUGUUCCCUGUUUCUAUUCUCAUUGCCUUUCUCAUUAAACAAUGUU